UUCAGAUCUAAUAAAACUACCACUGCAAUUUACCCGUAUAAUAUUUUCAAUAGGUUUCAAUCGGUUCCGAAAUAAACACUACCACUGCAAAAAUUUGUCAAAAUAAAUAAUGAACCCAGAAUCUGAUCUGCAAAAUAAAAUAAAACAAAAAAAUGAAAAGUAAAACAUCAACAACAAAAAAGCUACGGAAAAAUAGGGGAAGAAGAACAACCCACAAAAAAACGAAUAACGGAUCUACACUUGUGCAAGAUCCACACUUUGGCAGAUCUAUGGGCAUAGAAGAAUAUCCUAACGGCUUGGAAGAGGGGAGACAGGAGGAGGAGCCUAUCAGGAGUCCCGACAAUGCCAUCGACGACCACUCCGGUGAUGACUCGAACCGGCGAGCUCUCCGGCGGAAAUCAGCGGCGUGCGGACCGGCAGUGCUGACCUCCGAUCGUUAUCUGUGUGCGGCAUGAACGAUAACUCUGUCUGUAUGCGCUUGCCUAGCUAUAUCGGUAGCAGAAUAGCAGAUUUAGACAUUUAGUGGGAGCGGGCAUAUGCAGGGGUACUUUUGUCCCUCCAUUCAAAAUUAAUCUUAUUUAGGGGUUUAAAACUCGUAACUCCUAUUUACCUUCCUAACACUUUUUUUAGUCUUAUUUAGGUCUAUUUCCCAAAAUUUUAUUAGUUCACCUAUAUUAGAACAUUAAUCAUUAAUUA